CAUUCAACCUUGAAAAUGAAGAGGAUCACAUUGUUUAUACUAACCAUAUUUCAUUAUUUUCUUCUGAAUAAAGCAGACGACGAGAUGUUGAAGUUAUUGAAUGACCCUACAUGGCCGUGGUUUGGCGUUAACAAUUGUUCAAAAAAAUGCGGCAGUCUCUACGGGCCUUGCUUUAACCAGAGAAGUAACCGCGAAUCAAUAUUUGAACGAGCAGGUCUUCUACCACAUGUAAAGCCUUCUCAGGAGAUUAAAGUUGUCUUUGAAACGCGUGAUGAGAUGGUGGACGUGUGUGGGAAGGCCCAACACAUGGAGGGCUACAAGUUUCAGCUCAACAGACACGGCCGUGUCAGCCGCAUAUUGCUCGAGCUGGGUGCCGAGAUCUACAGGAACCAGCCGAGCAUAACCUGGCCGGUGGAAGAGAAUGAAACCUACAACGUUCUCCUAUGGGAUGUAGGGCAAAUGAAAAUCCGAGGAUUUUGGUAUAACGUACACAAAGUCAACGAAACAAUGAAAGGCUUUGCUGGGUACAUGUACUCACCACCCGCCAACCCAGUCAGGGUCGUGAACCCUAUCCUCGUCAUCGUCUACAGGCGACAGUACUCCCCCACAUUCAAUUUUCUCCUUAUGGGAUGCCCUUCCAGUGCUUCAGCAGAAGAUUGCCGCUUUACUGUGUUUUUUGAAAUGCUGUCUUGGAAAUGUAUUGUAGGCAUACAAGUCUACUAUACAGAUGGUAGCUCUCUUUAUGAACAAUAUCGUGCCUGUAUGGAGAGCACGAUCUGUUCGUCACAAUGUGUUGCCAGGUACCGACAGUACGCAGCAGAGAUUAAACCUCAGAUAACAUUCUUGAACUUUAACCCGGAAGAUAUAAACACAUACGUGAACUUGUUCUUCUUCGCGCUUUUCACCAGGACUGUACCGUAUAGAACCUCGGCAUGCGAGUCUCGAGUGGUUGCCAGGGCAUUUGAGUUCCGCCCUCGACCGGGAGACAACUAUCAAGUCGACAGUAACAUGAAGAUAUCGGACAUAUACAAGUUGCAUUACUGGAGACUAAAUAUCGAAAUAGCUGUCACUCACUAUUAUUAUGGAGUACUGGCCAGGUACUACUCUGUCCUGGUGGUGUCCCCUGAUGGGCACGUGACCGAGGGUCCCCACGUGCACCCAGCAGGGCACAUGUUUUAUGCCAACAUAAGGGCGCCACAAAAUCCGGAAGAGUAUACAAUCUUCAAGGAUUACAGCGACAUUCAGCAGCUUGGUGAAACCCCUGUUCAUUACUACAUCCUGCUGUUUACUCACAGAUAUUUUUUGGCAGAAAACCCCUUCGCUAAAGGAUGCAAAGAGAAGUGUGACGAGUGGGACUUGUCUCUGUUGCCGUCUGAAUUUAAACUAUGUGGGAUCAGCUGGUUUCUAGCUGGGAAAGAUCGUUUCUCUGCUCAUAAUCCCCAAGUUGAGGAAUGUCCUCCCAAUGAAGAAGAGGUUGAAGCUGAGGAGGAGUUUGACCUUCCAUGGCAGACGGCAGAUUAUGACGAGUUAAACUUAGAUGACAAUAACCGAAUGGUAGAUGUGUGUGUCGCACCAGACGUAGAGAUUCCAAAAACUGACAGCGGUACGGCUCGGCGGGGCCUUUCACUUUGGUUCUUGUGUUUAUGGAUGUUAGUCGACUCUCUGUAGCAAGUGGGUCUAGUCGACUCUCUGUAGCAAGUGUGUCCAGUCGACUCUCUGUAGCAAGUGUGUCUAGUCGACUCUCUGUAGCAAGUGUGUCUAGUCGACUCUCUGUAGCAAGUGUGUCUAGUCGACUCUCUGUA